AUGGCUCGAGGCGCCCACGCAUGCGAAAUUCGACUCCUAGCUUCUUUUCUGAUUUUAAUCCCAGCUCUCGUUGGAUUGGGGCUGCACGCGCUUCUUGCCAUCACGCUAUACAGGGUAACAAAUAGAUACAAUCUCAAUGGUUGGAGAAACUUCUGCAAAAUCAGCUUUUAUGUGAUUACAGUGCAGUUGCAGUGGUGCGACGUUUGCGCUUUAUUCCUCGACCUUUAUGUUGCCUUUCCGCUUUCGCUAACCGGUCAUCAGUACAUGGGUGACAGCAUGGCCUUGUACUACGCUCCCUUAUUCUUCGAAGGAAUCGCAUUCAAUGCUCUGUUCCUACUAUUGUUUUUAAUGAGCCUCAACCGAUUCCUAAUAUUUGUUUUUCCUCGAGUGAAUCACAGAGUCUUCACUUAUAUGGGAACAAGGAUGUAUGUGACUACUCUCGUAAUUCUUAACUCAGUGAUAAAAGAAAUUCAAAGAACUAGUACUCAUUACUGGACAAGUUGUUGUUAUUUUUGCGUGUACUGUUCAGAAUGUCGCUACUCCUUUGGGUUAUUGUAUUCCUAUUUAUUGGAUUAUCAAAUUACUUCGGAUGUCGAAAGCAGUUUGCCAAAGAUGUUUAUGAGCAUAGCGUCGAACAUCUUCCCUGUCACAAUGAUCGUAAUGUACGUUAUCGUCUAUGUCAAAAUUAGAAACGUUACUCGGGACGUCGUGAGGAUGGACUUCAGUCGUGCCAAGCAGGAAGUCAAAUACUUUGUGCAGACAGUAUUGAUUAGUAUUCUAAUCAUUGUCGAGAUGGGAGCGUUUGUCAUUGUACCUUACUUAGGAGUGACUGGCUACGGUCAAUUCUACUUGAAUAUUCUGAUGAAUUUAAUCAUCAUUUCUACCAACCUAGUCACUCCCGCCGUUAUAUUCACCUUCAACUCAGAUGUUCGACAAAGUUUACUUUCGUUAAUCUCACGAGAGCCUACUCAAACUGUUCAAGUUGUUACGACAAUUCUCUGA